AUGUCUAUUAGCAACACAGGUAGUGUUGACCUUGAAUCAGUCCUUAAUGUUGGUCGUCGAGCGCUAGUAUCGAUUAGUGAAACACCAGCUCCUUUUCAACAAUCUCACUAUACAGAUACAAUUUAUUUAAAACGCGAAGACAAAUCUAAUUCAAUAUUUGCAAUUGAUUCAAAAAUACUUAUUUUCGGUGAACUACAACUUCUAUAUAAUAUAUUUGAACGUUAUACAUCAAAUAUUACGUUUAAUGAAGAAUCAUCGUAUGAACCGAGUUCAUCAUCUCCAUCAUCUUCCGCUAAACCAAGUUUUUCAGCAACAAUUGAAGAAGAUGAACUUGAUGAAGAGGAAGGACCACCAAUCAUUUCAACUCUUCGUCAGAGUUCUAUUUCAUCAAAAGGGUCAACUAGUCCAACACGUGGGCGUGAUAGUCCAACAUGGUCAUCAAGCAGUGCAAGACAAAAAAAAGGAUUGGCUUAUAUUGGUCGAAGAAAUACUGCUCCGCCAACAGCAGGUGACUAUUCAGGACAGAAUCUUGAAGGUAAACGUUAUGGAUGUAUUGAAUUACCAAAUAUGACAACAAUUGAAAUUCUUGAAGUACUUUUACGCUCUGAUGAUGAAAUGACCAACAGUCCACAAACACCAUCAGUAGUAUCAUCAGCAUCUUUAUUUGGUGUUGAUCCACAUUUAGUACGUUAUGGUUCAAUAUUUCUACUGAUAGUUGGUACAUUUGGUAAUGUUCUUUCGUUUAUUAUAUUUUCCCAAGGUACAUUACGAAAAUCAUCAACAUUUCGUUAUCUUGCGUUACUUUCAUUAAUGGAUUUAUUAGUACUUUAUUCUGGUUUACUGGAUUUAUUUCUUACAAUUGAAUAUGGUAUAGCAUUUUCAUUAAGAAAUCUUAAUCCAAUAACAUGUCGUUUACAUACAUUUAUAACAUAUUGGUCUCAACAUUCAUCGUCAUGGAUAUUAUCCUUUAUAUCUGUUGAUCGUGCUAUAGCAACAAAUUGUAUACAAUUUGCAAGAAAAUUUUGUACACCACGUUCAGCUGAAUAUAUUGUUGCAAGCAUAUUAAUUAUCAUUGCUUUACUUAAUUGUCACGAAUUAGCAUAUAUUCGUUUACAAGAAACAGACCCGAUUGAUUUAAUAACAAAUACAGAUGAACAUACAACGUCAUCACCAUUACGUUCAAGUUUUUCAACACAAACUUCAUUUACAUUGACAGAUUUCGAAAUAAAUACUACUACUACUAAUAAUACCAAUACUGAUGAUGAUAAUAGACAACAACAAAAAAGAAAUUUAGAAUCAGCAUUUUUUUUACGUUCAAUCUGUAAUAAUGCUAAAUGGAAUUUUUUAUGUCCAAGAGACAAACGUGAUAUAACAACAUUAUCAUCAUCAUCAUCGUCGUCAUCGUCGUCGUCAAUAACAAAUCGUUUUUUUUAUUCAUCAUUAGCUACAUCAAUACCAAAUGCAACAACAAAUAUAUUACGAUUUGAUUCAUCAACAACAACUUUAACAGUACCUCAAUGUGCUGCAUUGAAAGGAAGUCGUUAUGAAUAUUUUUGGGAUCAUGUAUGGGAAUGGGUUGAUGUAUGUCUUUAUGCACUGAUUCCAUUUACUGUAAUGAGUAUUGGAACAUUUUUCAUUGUUUAUCGUGUUUAUUAUCAACAAAGACGUGUAUUCCGUUCACGUCGUCCAGGAAAAAAUACUCAAGCAGGUGGAGCAACACCAAAUAAAGCAAAAAGUUUAUUUUAUUUACUUUUUACACUUAAUUUACUUUAUUUUAUUCUUGUAAGUCCAGUUGUAUUUGUAACGACUAUUUUAUUUCGUGAUCCAAAUGAAGAAGUUGCUUAUCCACGUUUUAAAGCUAUUAUUUAUCUAAUGCAAUAUUGUAAUCAUUCAUUAAAUUUUAUUUUUUAUGGUAUAACAUCGCCACCAUAUCGUCGAACAUUAUGUGAAUGGUUCGAAUUAAUUAUUUCACAUUUACCACAAUGUUGUCAAAGAAGACUUCGACGACAAUCAAAAACUAUUCAAACAAGAACAAAUCGUAUUCAAAGUAAUAAUACACCACAACAAAUGAGAUUAGCAAAUAAUAACGAUCAACAAAAUUUGACUAGAAAAUUGAAUAAUAGUCAUUCAUCGAAAGUGACAAUUAAAGAUGGUACUAAAAGAAAUCUAGAAAAAGAAUGCAUCUCUCUAUUACCAAGAUAG